UCCGUGGUGUUACACGCGCUCUACUCCGUGUACUGCGUUUGUUAUGCCGUGUGAUUUGAUGUCUGUGUUACCGACAUGGGCAGGAAAGGAAAGUGUGGUAGUUGGAAACCUGUGCAGUUGACUGAAAACUUAAUAUCGAAAGGAGUUGAAGGAUUAGUUGGAAUAGAGGAAUUAACAGAUUAUAAAUUGGUUAAAGACUAUGGCGCAAAGAGUAUUCGCAAGCAAACACCUGGCAAGCACGUCAAUGCUCUGACCUCAGAUGGGGACAUUCAGCGCAGAAGCACCAAACGGAAAAAAGAUUUUGGACAGCCGUCUUCUAAAAGGAGAAAAGUCAACUGUAGAAGGAAACAGCAGAUAAGGACUGUGCUUGAGAAGCCAAAAGAAGUGCCUGAAGUCAAUAAGGAUGAAACAGAAUCAUCAGAUACUGAUGAUGCUGAGAGGAAGAGCAUGUCAUCAGAACUUCUGGAGAGCAAAAUGUCUGCUUGGCAUGGAGUGGGCAUUAUGAGUCCUAUACUGAGGGCACUGGAAGAACAAGGGUUUGUGGAGCCCACGGAAAUUCAGGCCAAGACUCUGCCGGCUGCCGUGUUGGGCCGCAGGGAUAUCCUCGGUGCUGCUGAAACUGGCAGUGGGAAAACUCUCGCGUUUGGGAUCCCAAUUCUACACAGAAUUCUCGAAGACAGGGGCCAAAGUGCAGGUAGAUACAACCUUGUUCAUGCAAAGAGGACAAUAGAGGCUGAGCCAUGUCAGAGCGAAAAUGAGUAUGAAGAGCAUGAGGAUGAGAACAGCAGGGAAAUGGUGGGUCUUGGCUGCGUCCAAGUUAUGAAGGAUGUCUCACCCCACAACACUCCAGGCUGUUCACAGUCAAAGCUUUAUGCCCUGGUGUUAACCCCCACAAGGGAGCUCGCAAUGCAAGUUCAUAAACAUCUUACAGCUGCUGCUAGAUACACUGGCAUUAAGAUAGCUGUAGUGGUUGGUGGCAUGGCACCCCAGAAGCAGGAACGCUUGCUUAGCCGCGGACCAGAAAUCGUAGUCGCAACUCCUGGACGACUUUGGGAGCUCAUACAGGAUGGUAAUCCUCACCUGGCUCAAGUUAGCAAUAUCAGGUGUCUUGCUAUCGACGAGACAGACCGUAUGCUGGAGAGGGGCCACUUUCAGGAGUUGCAUAACUUGCUGGAGCUCCUGAAUGUCGACGAAGGCAAGAAGCGGCAGCGGCAGAACUUUGUGUUUUCUGCCACUCUGACUAUGGUGCAUGAACCGCCCAGGCGUCUGAAGAGCCGGAACAAGAAGCUCAGACUCACACCGGGGCAGAAGCUGCAGAACAUCAUGACGAUGCUCGGUGUCACAAACCCUAAAGUGGUUGAUGUUACAAAGGAAUCUGGAACAGCCGGUACAUUGACGGAAGCUCGUAUCGUGUGUGCCCUUGAGGAGAAGGACGUUUAUCUCUAUUACUUCAUCCAGCAACACCCAGGACGAACACUCAUCUUCUGCAACAGCAUCAGCUGCGUGCGCCGACUGGCGCAGCUUCUCUCUCUGCUCCAGUGCCGACCGCUGCCACUUCAUGCCAACAUGAUGCAGAGACAGAGACUCAAGAACCUGGAUCGCUUCCGAGACAAUUCCCGCGGCUUGCUGCUUGCAACAGACGUGGCUGCACGGGGACUGGAUAUCCCUGGCGUGCAGCAUGUUAUUCAUUACCAGGUCCCUCGUACUUCAGAGACCUAUGUGCAUCGCAGUGGGCGUACAGCUCGUGCACAGAAGGAGGGCCUCACGCUGCUGCUUAUAGAGCCAACAGAAGUUCCCCACUACACACGUCUCUGCCGCACACUUGGAAGAACAAAGGAUUUGCCGCUGUUCCCUAUAUCAAGCAGCCUCUUAGCAGCUGCAAAGCAGCGUGUUACUCUGGCACAGGAGCUUGAUCGGCUUGAACUGGCUACUCGGAAGUCAAGUACUGAAACUGGGUGGUUCCGAAAAGCCCUAACAGAAAUGGAUAUGCUGGUGGAUGAUGAAGACUUACCACGGCAGAUGGAUGAUGAUGAAAGCAACAAACUGAGGAGACUGGCCUCCGUGAAGCGCAAACAACUUGGAGCCCUUUUGUGUAGUCAUCGUCAACAUGGUGACAUGAGUAACGCUGUGAAUGUGGCAAAAUCUGCCGUUGACAUCAGGGCCAAACCUCAGAAAAACAGGCACAACCUGUUCCUCAAGAACAGGAGGAAAAAUAAAGAGUAAAUCACAUAUUGCAAGUCA